AUGGACAGGUGUGUGAAUGUGGAGGUGGAGAGCGAUGUGCUGACCAGCAGGCCUGGGGCCAGCGUGAUCCUGACCUGUCCAGGUGGGGAACUGGGAGACAAUGCCACAGUUCACUGGGUGCUCAGGAAUCAUGUCACAGGCCCGAACCACGACAGAUGGGCUGGCUUGGGAAGGAGGCUGCUUCUGAGAUCCGUGCAACUCAGUGACUCUGGAAACUAUUCGUGCUACCAGGCUGGCCACCCAGUUGGAACUGUGCUCCUGUUGGUGGAUGUUCCUCCAGAGGAGCCUCAGCUGUCCUGCUUCCGGAAGAGCCCGGUCAGCAACGUGUUUUGUGAGUGGAGCCCUGGGCGUGCCCCCUCCCCGUGGACCAAGGCCACGCUGUCGGUGAGGAAAUUUCAGCACGGGCCAGCGGAAGACUUUCAGGAGCCGUGCCAGUAUUCUCAGGAGUCCCAGAAGUUCUCCUGCCAGCUGGCAGUCCCAGAGGGAGACAACUCUUUCCACAUAGUGUCCCUGUGCGUCGCCAACACUGCUGGGAGCAAGUCCAGCAAACCCCAAACAUUUGAGGGUUAUGGAAUCCUGCAGCCUGACCCGCCUGUCAACAUCACAGUCACCGCUGUGGACCGCAGCCCCCGCUGGCUCGUGGUCACCUGGCAAGACCCGCCGUCCUGGAAUUCGUAUUUCUACAGGCUACAGUUUGAGCUCCGAUACCGGGCUGAACGGUCAAAGACAUUCACAACAUGGAUGGUCAAGGAGCUCCAGCAUCGCUGCAUCAUUCACGAUGCCUGGAGUGGCAUGAGGCACGUGGUGCAGCUGCGAGCCCAGGAGGAGUUUGGACACGGCCUGUGGAGCGAGUGGAGCCAGGAGGUCAUGGGCACGCCCUGGACAGAAUCCACAAGUUUUUCAACUGAGACCACGCUGGAGGUAUCCCCCUCCAUGCAGGUAUCUACUACUAAUGAAGGCGAUGAAAAUAUUCCCUCUAAUUCUGCAAAUACGACAAGCUUCCCGGUGCAAGAUUCUCCGAUACCACUGUACACAUUCCUGGUGGCCGGAGGGAGCCUGGCCUUCGGAACGCUCCUCUGCAUUGGCAUUGUCCUGAGGUUCAAGAAGAUGUGGAAGCUGCAGGCUCUGAAAGAAGGCAAGACCAGCAUGCACCCGCCUUAUUCUUUGGGACAGCUGGUCCCUGAGAGGCCCAAGCCCACGCCAGUGCUCGUUCCUCUCAUCUCCCCGCCGGUGUCCCCCAGCAGCCUUGGGUCAGACAACACCUUGAGGGACAGCCGACGCCCACAGAGCCCUUAUGACAUCAGCAACAGAGACUACUUCUUCCCCCAGUAGCCGGCUGGGUGGCUCCUGGCAGG